AUGUCAAACAAUCUUGGCGUUUGGCACAAAACAACCUUCGAGGCCGCCAAGGAACGUCAACAAACUUAUCAAGCCACUGUCACUGUUGCAGGCCACAAGCGCAGUCACGACCAGACUAGCACAGCUGGCCAUUCAGGACUCUCAAGGCCACCUCCACCCUCAAACCAGGGUCAGAACAAUGCCCGCCCUCGGCAGGUUCCGGCUCUGCCCCGAGAGCCGCCCCGGCUCACUGCGAGUAAAAUAACUACCCUGGAACAUGGCACCAAAGAUAUCGUAUCCGAGUACUCCCAACGUCGCCAAUUCCAAGCGACGCCGACAUCUACGGCUGAUCCAUUGCUUUCGCUCUCUCAUCCAGCCUAUGCCCUACCAAACCAGUUGGUUCUGAACUUUGCUUCCCUUGGCAUCCACUCCAUCUAUCCCUGGCAGAAACAAUGCUUGCUCGGGCCAGGUCUACUCCGUGGCGAGAAGAAUUUAGUUUACACAGCGCCGACCGGCGGUGGCAAGUCGCUCGUCGCCGAUGUCCUUAUGCUUAAACAAGUCACUACAGAACCUGGUGCAAAGGCAUUGCUGGUACUGCCAUAUGUUGCUCUUGUCCAGGAGAAAGUCGCCUGGCUUCGUCAAGUGGUCCAGGGCAUGGUUCGUGAGAACCCAAAUGCAGAUGCCAGGAGCAAGGGCAAGGAAAGCAUUUGGCGUAGGCGUGCUGACGAGGAUACUAUCCGUGUUGUUGGCUUCUUUGGCGGAAUCAACAUCAAGCCGAAAUGGGCCGAUUUUGACAUUGGUGUGUGCACAUUGGAGAAAGCGAACGCACUUGUCAACACAGCGAUUGACGACUGCUCAAUCAACCAACUGAGGGUUGCUGUCCUGGAUGAGCUGCACAUGAUUGAUGAUGACCAUAGGGGCUAUCUAUUUGAGCUUCUAUCCACAAAAAUUCUUUGUCUAGAUCACCCAAUUCAGAUUGUUGGAAUGAGCGCUACUUUGGCUAAUGCAAAACUGCUUUCCACUUGGCUGGGUGGACACCACUAUGAAACCGCAUACCGUCCAAUCCCGAUAGAGGAGCACUUGGUGUACGAUGGCAAAGUAUAUUCUGCUGCGACCACGAGCAAUCUUCUCAGAACUGCCUGUCAACUGAACGGUACUGCUCCGGUAUCACAAAAGCCCAGCCAUCCCAUGCGAGAAGUUGCGAGUUCCACCCACAAGGAGCUCUCAAGUCCGGUCCUCAACGCAGUGGUGGCUCUAGCCAACGAGACAGCCACAUUAGGAUGUAAGUGUCUAACCCAUGCGUCUCGUGAAUUUUUGGACAUCAUUCUUUGCAACCAGUCUCUGAGUUCAUCCAUCCAGGCCGGGUUGACCUCGGAAGAGCGUGACCUAGUUGCAAAGGCAUAUGACAGUGGCAUCUUGAAGAUAUGCAUUGCUACAGCCAGUCUAGCAGCAGGCAUCAAUCUCCCUGCACGAAGGGUCAUUCUCCAUGGUGCACGUAUGGGAAGAGAUCUUGUCGGUCCCUCGAUGCUCCGGCAAAUGCGAGGAAGAGCCGGCCGCAAGGGUAAAGACGAAGUUGGCGAGACAUAUCUCUGCUGCCAGUCUUCAGAUUUGGAUAAUGUCCUGGGCCUAAUGCACGCAGAGCUACCCCAUGUUGCGAGUUCCUUGACUACAGAUCGGCAAAGGAUUCAAAGAGCUCUUCUCGAGGUGAUAGCAAUACGGUUGGCCACUAGCCGUUCUUCACUAGAUGACUAUAUGCACAAAACCUUGCUUUACCACUCGGCGGAUGUAAAAGAGAUCGAGACGCAUGUCGAGACGAGUCUUGCGAACCUCGAAAAACUCAAGUUUAUUACCAUGGGAGACUUUCAGACAUAUCAAGCAACCCAGCUCGGUAAGGCCAUCGUCGCGGGGGCCUUGGACCCAGAAGAUGGCACUUUCAUUCACAAUGAGCUCAAAAAAGCAUUACAGGCGUUUGUCAUGGAUGGCGAUCUGCACGUGCUAUAUACCUUCACUCCGGUGCAUGAGUUUGCUUCAGACAUCAACUGGCGUGUGUUUUGGAACGAGAUGGAAGGCCUUGACGAGAGCGGGCUUCGAGUAUUGAAACUUUUGGGAUUGAAGCCUACAGUCAUCAACAGGAUGCAAAAUAUACAAGACAGGGUACAAGGUGGUCAGCUCAGGCAAGUCACAGAUGAAGAGAAGGAGCUAGCCCGCGUCUAUCGCCGCUUUUAUAUGGCUUUGCAACUGCGAGAUCUCUGCAACGAGAUGCCUGUGCAUGUCGUCGCGAGAAAGUACGAUGUGCCCAGAGGCACUGUGCAAAACCUGGCACAAAACUGCCAAGGUUUUGCGGCGGGAAUGAUCAAGUUUUGCGAGCAUAUGGGCUGGGGUGCUAUGGCUUCCGUGCUGGACCAUUUCUCGGAUCGCCUUAAGGCGGGGGCGAAAUCAGAUUUACUAUCACUGGCCAAGAUUAUCUUUAUCAAAAGCCGAACAGCCCGCGUAUUCUGGGACAAUGGCUUCAAGUCAGUUGCGUCAGUGGCCAAUGCCGACCCGGAACAACUUGUCCCGAUCCUCAUGCAGGCUCAGUCGAACAAGAUCCGCCUGAACACCCACGAUGACAGACAGGUGAAGGAGAAGCUUCUGAUCAAGGCGCGGGCUAUAACAGAAUCAGCCAAUAGGCUAUGGCAACGGGAGAUGCAAGAGGAGCUUGUGGAGGAAGAAUGGUAG